UUUGUUGACAGCUAGCGUCGAUGGGGCCAGCGAGCUGUAAAACAUUAUCCUGCUUAAAAGCUAUGUGUGGGCUUGAUUUUUCAUCGCGUCGGUUAUACAAAGUGAAUAAAUAUACUGAAAUAAAGCUAACGAUUUUGCUUUGAUAGCCUUGUUUAGGGGGUUAGUUACUAAGACUGAUUUAAGACUGAUUAACCACAAAGGGUCUGUAGGUACCUAGUUAGCUGCAUACCGUCAGGAAACCGUCAGUUAGAAUGGCUACAUCAUUUGUGAUCGGCGACAAAUUCCGUGGGAGAGUGACGGAUCUCUUGCGGCAGUCCGGAUCAUCAGUUCCCCGUGAGCUACGGGAAGAAUUGGAGGCGAUUCUUAAAAAGCAAGAUCCAGCAACCCUGUCAUUCGGAACGACACGAAAACUGAAGAAAUACCUUCAGGAUAAAGGGCAUCCUUUCUACCUGCACGAGUUGUUGGAGGACAGCUCGGUGCAUCUGCCUGAGGUAGUGAAGCCUCCCAGGAAUCCUGAGCUGGUGGCCCGGCUAGAGAAGAUAAAAACCAAACUAGCCAAUGAAGAAUACAACAGAAUCACUCGUAAUGUCAACACUCAGGAAAUCCACCGGAAUGGAGCACUAGGAGAUUUUGGAAGGCAAGUGCGAUCGGUCAAAGCAGCUGUGGUGACUGUGUUCAAUUUCCUGGUGACAGUGGUUGCUACUUUUGCCUGUUCUUACAUGGGUAGCCAGUACCUCUUCACUGAGACUACAGCGAGGGUGAUCGCUGCUGUGAUAGCUGCAUCUGUAGUCGGCUUGGCUGAGCUCUAUGUUCUAGUUAGGACCAUGGAGGGGGACCUUGGAAAACCAUAGCAUACAGUGGAUUGAAGAGGAAUGAAUGGGACACUAACAACCAAUGAAGCAGAACUUUGGGGAUUCUUAGCAUCCAUGGGAGCACUCUGCUUUCUCAUCAACAGCGUACAACCCAAGUGAUGCAAACAGGUCCUGGUCUUCUGAAAGAUCACUAGAUUCUCAGACUGAAGUUGCUGAGAUGGCUUGAUAGGGUAAAUCGGUGUACAUUUAAAAGGCUGUGGAUUGGUUGCUCCAAUACUUCUAAAUGUAUGACAUCAUCAACUGAAACUUAUUCAGUUCAAAAUUCUUGAUAAAUGUCUGUGUACAGUCUGGUCCAUGUCUAAUACCAUUUUUCAUAGUGAGACAAACAACAUGAUUCCCUUCUGCUUAUGUUUUCCUGUCUUCAUGGUACCAUACAUGAUAUGACUGCUGUUCUGAAAACGUUAAUGUUCGUCAUAUUACAGUAUGAAGAACUCUUACUGCUAAAAUCUCAUCAGAUUUGCUUGGGUAAAUUACGUAAAGGGAAUUGAGUUUGCAUUAAGACGAUAAUCCAUCUACAAUAAUCACUGCUUAUUUGUGGAACCGCGUCUUGUUCCUGUAAUUGAUAUAUUACAAUAAAGACAUUUUGCAUCUCUGUAGACCUAAGAUUACUGUAGGUAAAAAAAUAUCCCGAAAAUGGCUUUGGAAAUUUGUUUAUAUCUAUUCUUGUGGCGCUGUCUACUUUGACCCUGUUAGUCAGUAUGAUUGAAAAUUUGAGGUUAUUCUACUACUGCAGUAAUUCCCUGUUACUCUGAAUAAGACUGUUAGAUGGGAAAUCACUGCAAUGGCAGUGGAAUAAAGCAAA